UUCCCCUCGUCGCUCCGCCAAACGACGCGAGCUCUCACGGAGAAGAGAGAGCGAGAGCGCGAGAGAGAUCUGCCGGAGGCGAUCGCCGCCGCUCAGCACAGCGGAGCUCCUGCCAUGGAAGUCGCUUCUUCUUCUUCUUCUUCCCCGCAUUCGAUACGGCUCUGCCACGUGCGGAAUUCAGGUUUCAGGGACUCGCGGAACUUCUCCUCCUCCUCGCCGCCGCCGCCGACGCCGCCUCUCGUGCCGUUUUGUGUGUAUAAAGCAGGAGUUCAUAGUGGGCACUCUCUUUAUAGACGUUCGAUUCUUAGAAGUUCCAGUAAUUUUUCUUCAAAAUGCUUUUUCCACCACUCAAAGAAGCAAAUCCCUGCUUUACAGCAUCAUCCUAGCCGUAAAGUCAAGUUCAACAGGCCAUAUUACUAUGAUAACUUGUACUCCCAGAAUAGAUAUUAUAAGUAUACUGUCAGAAGAUGUGAACUGGCUGAAUUUGGGAAUUCUGGUGCAGCUCUUCCCUUGGCAGCGCAUGAAGUGCUUGCUAAAGUGAGAGGAGUUUGCUUCUACGCUGUCACUGCAAUUGCCGCAAUUAUUCUUUUUCAGCUAAUGCUGGUGGCACAUCCUUUUGUGUUCCUCUUGGACCGAUAUCAGAGAAAAGCUCAGCACUUCAUUGCCAAGAUUUGGUCUACAUUGACCGUUGCUCCGUUUGUUAGAAUUGAAGUUCAGGGAUUGGAGAAUCUUCCUCCACCAGACACUCCUGCUGUUUAUGUUUCCAACCAUCAGAGCUUUUUAGACAUAUAUACUCUUCUCACCCUGGGGAGAAGCUUCAAGUUCAUCAGCAAGACCAGCAUAUUCCUCUAUCCCAUUAUUGGUUGGGCAAUGUAUUUGUUGGGUACUAUUCCUUUGAAACGAAUGGACAGCCGAAGCCAAUUGGAAUGUUUUAAGCGGUGCAUGGAUCUCAUUAAGAAGGGAGCAUCUGUCUUUUUCUUUCCGGAGGGAACACGGAGUAGAGAUGGAAAAUUAGGUGAUUUCAAGAAAGGUGCAUUUAGUGUUGCAGCGAAGACCAGAGUGCCUGUGGUACCUAUGACCCUGAUUGGAACUGGCAAAAUCAUGCCGGCAGGACAUGAGGGCAUUGUAAAUUCAGGAUCUGUGAAAGUGGUUAUACAUAAGCCAAUAGAAGGCAGUGAUGCUGAAACCUUGUGCAAUGAAGCUAAAAGUACUAUAGCAAAAGUUCUGAAUUGUCAAGGAUGAGGAACUUACGAAGACAAGUUCAGUUCCUUCUGCAAUCUGAGAAUUUAAUCCAUUUUUUUGGCACAAUGGAGAGAUAAAAGACUGCACUUUGGAGAAAUCCUAUUUGACUCUGGAUAGGAUAGGUGUUUGGCAGUGGCCUUUCGAUGCAAUAGAGAGCUAGAUAAGCAUGGAUAUAGACUGUCUAUGGAUUCCAACUUCAAGGGGCCAAAUAAGGCUGGAUGGGAUUAGCCUAUCCAGCAAGAGAGACUCAGAUGGAAAGAGAAAGUUUCCCAGAAAAUUAGAGCUCGAUUUUUUCUGUCGUGAUAUCUACGUAGGUCAUACCAUCGUGAGUGGCCAGGCAAGCCCUUGCUUUGGAUGCUCUCUCUCUCUCUCUCUCUCUCUCUCUCUCUCUCUCUCUCUCUCUCUCUCUCACACACACACACACACACACAUACAUCCCGUUGCUGCAAUGUGCUGUAACUUCGUUUGUUAGGCCAAAUUGGGUCGGGACUGCUCAGCCCAAUUGCAACCAAGGUUUAGGAAGGAUAGAAUGAAAGGUUCACAGCUCAGACUUUGGUCUGAGACUAAGUUGCAGCAGCUCAGGUGAUAUACAAUUUGCAGAGGACAUAUUGUGCAGUACAAAAUUGUAGUUGAGGCAAAUUCUUGCUGUUUGGCGGGCUGUUAUGUCUCGUUCACCUUACAACCACGAGAGCUGGUUUGAUUUAGUCAUGAACAGUUCACCGACUGCUAUAUAAGCUUUCAUCCCGAUCCUUCCCCAUACGGCAUGCCCGAGUCUAAACGGUAGAGUUUCUCAAGGUUGACAAAUGAUUGUGCCCGUGUAUUACGAGAAUGCAUUCCUUGUGAAUCGAAUUAUGGGAGGUCGCGAUCUGAACCGUAAUUUUUUUUUGGCAUAGUGAAAGUGAAUGAUAGGGAGAUUCUCUGGAAAUCCUGAGAUGGAGAAUCUGAAAUACUACACGAACCAAAGCAAUUGAAUUUAACAGUUUCCAUUUCGUAAUCGUUCUUUUCUUCUUUUUCGAGAA